AAGAAUCUGCAGCACAUCAGGGAUGUAUCCACGAUGCCCAAGGCUAUUGUGAAGUGUGGCACCGAGACUUACAAGCUGCCCCCCCUCACUGCAGUCUCGUGCAUCAUCACCUCGGGCUCUUUCAUUCUCGACUUUAAUAUUCAAGGCAUAAGGUUCAGACAUUACGAUUAUUUGUUGAUACUGCCGAACGGUCAUUCGUUUUACACCAAAGAGCCAUUCUCGCCGCUCGUUUGUGAUCAUCACGUCUGCGAGUGGAACUACACCAACUUUUAUGGUGGUCCGUUCAUAAUACCCGGUGAUCCUGGUAUGGGUUUGACGCCGAUACCACCUUUCUUGGAGCAGAGCACUGAAGCUAUACCUCCGUCUACUGAACCCUCGAAUGGCGCGUUCACUGGCAACAUCACUUAUUCAUUAGAGGGUUGCUGGUACAUGUUCCCACCGAACUACGGCUCCAUAGCCGGAGUGAGCUAUCUAGAUCCGCUCUCUGUCAACGAGUACCGGUAUACUUGUCAGGGGUCCAACAAUAAGAUAUGUCUGAUCAGUGUAUUCUCGUACGUGUCGGCAGCAGGGCUUGUACUGGUACCCGCAGUGGAUGGGCUCCCCGCCCCACCACCCGUACCCGCAGUCGGGCGACACUCCCGCGCAGAUGCAGCGCGCCCCCCCCGGGCCCUACUACCCCCACCACCAGCCGAACAACCCGCAAAUGUACUUACCAAAUCAAUAAAUACGAUACCAAUCAUACUAUGCUUUUUAUUUAUGAAACUAUUAGAUUAA